AUGACAUGGUCACCAUUGGCAUGUGGCUUAAUCACUGGAAAAUAUGAAGACAGCAUUCCGGAAAAUUCCAGGGCCUCGUUGCCGGGCUACGAGUGGCUGAAGGCGAGAAUAACGAGUGAGGAAGGCCAGCUACAGCAAGCCAAGACGAAGGCAUUGCAGCCUAUUACCGACAGGAUCUCCUGCACCGUAGCUCAGUUGGCAAUUGCCUGGUGUCUGCGCAAUGAGGCAGUUAGUUCAGUCCUGCUCGGAGUAUCAGAUGCUGGGCAACUGCGUGAAAACCUUGGCGCCAUUCAGAUCCUUCCUGAGCUGACUCCACAGAAUCUCAGUGAUAUCGAAGCUAUCUUGACAAAUAAACCCAGCAUCAGAAGCGAUUCCAAGGCCUAAAGACACAAAACAUAAAUUCCAGGAGCUUUAUUUCAUCUUCUGUGAGAUUCUUCUGUGGUCUCUACCUCUUUUCUAGUUGGCCUCCUAGUCCUGUGGUAGCCCCGAACAUCAAUA